UGUACCUUGGUUAAUCAAUCUACUAUUCUACCGAGCCAUAUCUUCUCUCUAUGUAGGCUGUUGGUGACUUCUUUAAUGAAGGGUUAUAUGAGGAGCAAGCCCGACUAAGGGGCAUCCCUUUACUGGACUCCAGGCCUAAACAGGUUAUGAGAAAUAUGAAUGCAAAGGAUGGCUGCAAGAAUCAAAAGGUUGUCUGUCUACCUCGUGUUUCAAGAGUAAUUGACAUUGUCUCUGUUUUGCGAACCAACAAGCAUAAUGGUUUUCCUGUUGUUGACCGUGGGCAGAAUGGCGAAUCACUAGUCAUAGGUCUCAUACUUUGUAGCCACUUACUGGUACUUCUACAAGCUAAAGUAGAUUUCCAGAACAGUCCUUUCCCUUGUGGGCCAGGUGUACUGAACAGGCAUAAUUUUAGUGACUUCGUUAAACCAGCAUCAAGUAAAGGGAAAUCGAUUGAUGAUAUUCAUUUGACUGAGGAUGAACUAGGGUUAUAUUUGGAUCUUGCCCCAUUUUUAAAUCCUUCACCAUACAUAGUGCCAGAAGACAUGUCAUUGGCGAAGGUGUACAAUCUCUUCCGCCAGCUUGGAUUGAGACAUAUAUUUGUUGUUCCUAGGCCUUCUCGUGUUGUAGGAUUGAUAACCAGAAAAGAUUUAUUACUUGAGGAGGAUGGCAAUACUGCGAUGACGGAGCUCCAAUCGACGAGUGUAAGGGGCUUGCUGAAUGGCAGACUGCUGGGCGGUAAUGCACAUCUGGAACGUCCUCUUCUUGACAACCUUGUGAUUGAGUAGAUACAUAGCAGCACACGUCUUAAGAUAAUUUUGAUAGCAAGCAGUUAACCUUCCGCUGCAUAUCGGGGCAUGCGUAUUCUUUACAUGAAUCAAGCAGCACUGAGCCGACGAUGCAGCAUGGAUUGGAUCCUUGGAAGUGUUGCGGAUGGGGGAAGCGUUGCGGAUGGAGGUUCCCCGUUGCACAUCACGUUGCUGUGUCUGCUGUGACUAAGGUAAUUUCUCCGUGCCGUGUGUUUAGAUUAGGUGAUUGUAACUUGCACAGAAAUGUUCAUACAUAUCAUCCAUGUAUCUCACGACAAAUUCCAAGGCGCCGCGUUAGGCGGUUGUAUGUAGAAUUUUGUAAUGGGUGAUGCGAUGGUAAAGACAAGUUACUGAUGAUUCGUUUGUUCUUUUCC